CCGUCCGAUAGUUGUUGUUCUAUCCAAAAUCCCUGUGUGUGUAUUCCCUUUUUUCCCGCGAGUCAAUCAAGCAACGUUUUCGACUUUUCACGACAGAAGUCGUCUGAGGUUUUUUCGCUUGAAAUUCCCUCAGAAGUAUGCUUUCGAUGCCGGGUAUUUUUCGACCAGGGGAUCGUUGAUGAUGAUGUGCGUGUGUUCAGGCGUGAGUCGAUAAACCAGAGGACCGUGUCGCUGGAACUGUGGUCACGAGUGCAACGUGUUACGCAUACAACGUGACCGUGAGAGGCGGAAAAAAAACAUAAACCGGAAAUCAAGGUGGACAUGGAGUCGGUGCAAACUUAUGUUUUUGAGCGUGAUCCAAGAUUGAAAACAUGGAUUGUGGCGCAGCCUCUGUCACUCGUCAGCAUCGUUGGACUGUACCUUUGCGUCGUGUGUAGUUGGGGGCCGAGAUUCAUGCGAGACAGAAGACCCUUCUCUCUGACUGGCGCGACCCGCAUAUACAACCUCCUCCAAAUCCUGGCAUCGAUGGCGUUCGCAGUGAAAAUUGCGCAUCAUUUUUACUUCCGGAUGGGUCAACCGUUUCUAUGCUCACCUCCAGACCGACGCGAGGACAGCCUUACGCUCGAGCUGCUCGACAUAACAUUUUAUUACUGGUGUCUACGGGUGAUCGACUUCCUGGAUACCGUGUUCUUCAUAUUACGCAAAAAACAACGUCAAAUUACGUUCCUCCACAUUUUUCAUCACGUGAUGGUUGUAUGUGUUUCUUGGGCAUCAGCGAUAUAUGGCUUGACAAAUCUAGUCAUCUUUACGCUGUGUUUGAAUUCCUGUGUACACGCCAUAAUGUACGCAUACUACUUCUUGUCAACGCUCGGACCAGCAGUGCAGAAGCAUCUCUGGUGGAAAAAACAUCUGACCAAGGUCCAGAUAGUCCAGUUCGUGUUGAUGAUCGCUCACCUCUCGGUCCCAAUGUUCCGAAAUUGCGGUUACCCAUCAUCAAUCAUCUACACUUGGCAGGCGACUAUCGGGGCGAUUCUUAUACUUUUUCUGAACUUCUACAUCCGAAGUUACAGUAAUGUUGUUAAACGAAAGGCCGCUGGUUCCUCCCUUAAGGGAAAUUGAUCGAAGUUACCUACCGACUUGUCAGUGAAACAACGAGUCGAAACGCUCGACCUCAUUGUAUGUUGUUUCUAUGCGUAUACACAUCGGCGGAUCGGCUCCAAUAUACUGUCCGUUUCAACGAGCAGUAUGAUGCAAAGAGGAAUCAAUAAAAAGAACUGUGAUUUCAGACGUUGUACUCUA